AUGGAUACCUUGGUCCUAAUGAAAAGCCAAUCACCAACAAAACCCAUAUUUUUUGAGAGAAUACCUGUGUUAGCAUCAGCCGUCAAAACUAUCAGGAAGAGCUUCCGUGGUAAACCGAAUAAGGAGUCUCUGAAGAAAAGAUCAAUCGAUCUAUCGGACAUUGAAACAACUUCUUCUUUUGAGAGUAGCGACUCGCCAGACAACAGAAGUUCCAACGGUUCUAUCAAUGGCGUUAAACAAAUCCAGAAAGAAGAAAUAUGGACGUUUGCCAAGGAUUUAGAGCAACACGUAUUUUGUUUGAGUGAAAAUCGGCUAGUGAAAAACUAUGUGUCCACAAAGGGAUACGGAGAAACUCACAGGAGACUUGCUGAUUAUGUGAAAGUCAACUUCAAUCCAGGAUUUGUGAAUGAAAUUCUAUUGAACGUGCAUAAUAACAGACGACUGACGACUAUUCUCAACCCCAAAAACGAGUGUUUUGCCAUAGCCACACUCCAAGCUCUCUUCGCAUGCCCACCAUUUGUCGAUUACAUAGAAAAAAAGAAACCAGUGUCGCUUAUUGAUGAUGCCAUGAGAGUCAUUGCUGCUCAAGUCAGAACCGGCUGGAUAGCCAUUAAUUGCACAGGCUUGUUGAAACUACUCAUGAACUACCAAGAAGAAAAAGAGGAAGAUGCGGAAGAUUUUUAUAGAGCUUUGGAAGAAAAGUAUUUCGAUGCUACUUUUCGAAAUCCGACAGAGUACAAGACAUUCGAAUGCAACGAAUGCUACAAUGAAGAAAUGAUUAUCGAUAAGGGUACACGAAUAUCUCUGCCACCACCGUUCAAGUUUCAUAAUCCAGCUAGAAUGCGGAGUCUGGUUGCUUACAAAAUCGGAGGAUUAGAGCAAGUAGAAAAGACAUGUCGCUUUUGUGGAGAGAUUGGUGGUUGCUUCCAAACAAUAUGGGAUCUUGGCAACCUUCUGUUUGUCUCGGCCGCAUCUACUCAUACUGAUGGAAGAAUUGCCAAGUUCGAAAAUCGGAUCAAUCUGAAACUUGUAGAAAACCUGGAGAGAAAUAGUUAUUGGAACCUGGGAGGAGUCGUAUAUUACGAACAAUACUCCAAAUUCCAUGGUCACUAUGUGACCGUUGUGCGGUUUCGGGAUAAAGCAUAUUUGAUGAACGAUAUGUAUUUGUACGAGAUCCCUACCGCCAGCGUCAAAGGAAAACCAUAUUUCGCUCUAUACUAUAGGGAAGAUUGGUUCAUAGCCCAGACGGAUGUCUGA